CGGGUGGUAGUUCCUGUGUUUUGUUAUCCCUUCUCCUCACCGCUCCUCUACCUCAUACAGCAUGUCGGGCCGCGGCAAGACCGGCGGCAAGGCCCGCGCCAAGGCCAAGUCGCGGUCUUCGCGAACGGGCCUCCAGUUCCCCGUGGGCCGCGUGCACCGGCUGCUGCGGAAGGGCCACUACGCCGAGAGGGUGGGCGCCGGAGCGCCGGUCUACCUGGCGGCGGUACUCGAGUACCUCACCGCUGAGAUCCUGGAGCUGGCGGGCAACGCGGCCCGCGACAACAAGAAGACGCGGAUAAUCCCCCGCCACCUGCAGCUGGCCAUCCGCAACGACGAGGAGCUCAACAAGCUGCUGGGCGGCAUGACGAUCGCCCAGGGAGGCGUCCUGCCCAACAUCCAGGCCGUGCUGCUGCCCAAGAAGACCAGCGCCAAGGCGCCCGCGGGCAGCAAGAAGGCCACCCAGGCCUCUCAGGAGUACUGAGGGCGCCCGUGCCGCCACCGCCCGGCCCUCCCCUCUACACCACAAAGGCCCUUUUA